AUGGUUGCCGGGGCCACCCUAUCUCACGACCAUUACACGGUCGGGUGGAUAUGCGCCUUACCGCUCGAGAUGGCGGCUGCGAAGCUGAUGAUGGACUCAAUACACCCAAGCCUGCCGAGUCCAUCGACUGAUCAAAACACAUAUAUUCUGGGAAAUAUUGGGGAACAUAACAUUGUCAUUGCCUGUCUACCAGGCGGCGCAUAUGGCAACGUGUCAGCCGCAACGGUAGCGAUGCAGUUGCUUUCAACCUUCCACUCUAUUCGGUUCGGGCUAAUGGUCGGUAUCGGUGGAGGCAUACCGAGCAGCAACGCAGACAUCCGACUAGGCGACAUCGUGGUGAGCCAGCCAAGGGAUACGUUUGGAGGCGUGAUCCAAUACGAUCUUGGGAAAGUGUUACACGACGGUCAAUUCCAGCGGACCGGGAUGUUAAACCGGCCCCCAAAGGUUCUGCUAACCGCCAUUGCUACACUACAAGCUCAUCACCUUACAGAAGAUAGUCAACUUAUCGAGUUCAUUUCCAACAUCCAUCUCAAAAUCACAUCUCGUAAAGCUACAACCUUUACUCGUCCCGUCCAAGAGGAUUGCCUAUAUCAAGCAGAAUAUGAGCAUGGGGCAGCUGAUACAUGUACGGAUUGUGACCGAUCGAAACUGACUCAACGAUCUUCUAGAGAACACGAUGAACCAGUGAUUCACUAUGGACUGAUUGCAUCCGCAAAUCAGGUGGUGAAAGAUGGUAGACGGCGAGACCAACUAGCGCAGGACUUGGGGGUGUACUGUAUUGAGAUGGAAGCGGCGGGGCUCAUAAAUGACUUCCCCUGUGUGGUCAUUCGAGGCAUCUGUGAUUAUGCUGACUCGCAUAAGAACAAAGAAUGGCAAGGAUUUGCGGCAGCAGUGGCGGCGGCGUACGCUAAAGAGCUACUUUUGGUGGUUCCAGUCAGUGAGGUUGAUAAGACCCCUAUAGCACAAGACUCUCUUAAAAAUUCUGUGGAUCGCUUUAUGAUCCCAUUGGAUCUCACUGCUGUGCCUGUGAUUGAAAGCUUUGUGGGACGACAAUCUGAUCUAGACCGCCUUUGGCAAUAUUUUGAGCCAACAAAUGCCCAGUCACGUAAAGUCGCGAUCCUCCAUGGGCUUGGGGGCAUAGGAAAAACACAACUCGCGAUUCGGUUUGCACGAGACCGCAAAAAUGAAUUCACUGCUAUAUUCUGGUUGAAUGGCAAGGAUCGAAGCACACUUUUGCAAUCCCUUAGUUCGGUCCUGCCACGAUUACCUGGACACUCCCAGGGAAACGGCGCAAUCAAUAACGAGGAGCUGGAGCAACAAGCGAAUUAUGUGUUGGACUGGCUGGCGAAAGAUGGCAACUCACGCUGGCUACUGAUUUUUGAUAAUAUCGAUCAAUACUCUCCCAUCACGAGUGGCAUUGGUGAUGAAUAUGACAUUGGAGCAUUCUUCCCUUCAGCAGACCACGGGUCUAUUCUUAUUACCUCCCGGUUACCAGGCUUAAGUGAGCUGGGGAAGUCCUUUCCGGUCCAUCGGCUUAAAGUAAUGGACGCAAUUUAUCUACUAUUCCAGAAUAGUGGCCUACCACCAGAUGCCAUUAAGAGCCUUCGGGAUAAACCAGAUACGAUUACCCUUAUUAAUCACCUUGAUGGACUGCCAUUGGCGGUUGUGAUCGCAGCAGCAUUUAUGCGUCAAACCGGAACCAGUAUCACCGAAUAUCUACACUAUUACCAGCAAUCCUGGUCUCACUUACAAUCACAAUCAGGUCCUGGACGUCAGUACCAGCAGGGCAACAUAUUACAAACGUGGAUUAUCUCAUAUCAAGAAAUACAAAAGCGGGACCCCAGCGCUGCAAAACUUCUACUGCUACUUGCUUGCUUUGAUAACCGAGAUAUUUGGUAUGAGCUGGUAAAAGGUGCUUCUCAUAGCAGUGAAAUCCCUAGUUGGCUUGAAGGGAUAAUAUCAAGCGGACUCUCAUUCAAAGCUCACCUGAAACAUCUCAUCGGAUUUUCUCUUCUUGAGACUAAACAAGAAGAGGGAAGCUAUUCGAUGCACCCAGUACUUCAGAACUGGUGCCAUCAUAUUGCUCGCACAGAAAGUAUCGCAAAUCUGAGCCAGCUUCGUGAGCUAGCAUUAAUAUCGGUUGGAUGGACUGUCCCUCGUGCAAACGAACGGAAUUAUUCAGAGAUUCAGCAACGGCUAAUUCCACACGCGAAUCAUGUACGGCUUGAGAGACUCUAUGGUAAUAACAUUACAGUAUGCGGGGCAUUUCAUGGAUUAGGUAUUCUCUUCUCUAACCGGGGAAAGCUGAAUGAGGCCGAGGAGAUGUACCAGCGAGCUCUAGUUGGCAAGGAGAAGGCCCUUGGUCCAGAUCAUAUAUCUACUCUUUAUACUGUGAACAACCUUGGUCUUCUCUAUCUUGACCAGGGAAAGCUGAAGACAGCCGAGAAGAUGUACCAGCGAGCUCUGACUGGCUAUGAGAAGGCCCUUGGUCCAGAUCAUACAUCUACCCUUGAUACUGUGAAUAAUCUUGGUAUUCUCUAUAAAGAGCAGGGAAAGCUGAAGGAGGCCGAGGAGAUGUAUCAGCGAGCUCUAGCUGGCAAGGAGAAGGCCCUUGGUCCAGAUCACACAUCCACUCUUGAUACUGUGAAUAACCUUGGUCUUCUCUACUCUCACCAGGGAAAGCUGAAGACAGCCGAGGAGAUGUACCAGCGAGCUCUGACUGGCUAUGAGAAGGCCCUUGGUCCAGAUCAUGAAAAUCAUUAUUUUACUCUCAAUACUGUGAACAACCUUGGUAUUCUCUAUAAAGAGCAGGGAAAGCUGAAGGAGGCCGAGGAGAUGUACCAGCGAGCUCUAGCUGGCAAGGAGAAGGCCCUCGGUCCAGAUCAUACAUCUACCCUUGAUACUAUGAACAACCUUGGCAUUCUCUAUAGAGACCAGGGAAAGCCAAAGGAGGCCGAGGAGAUGUACCAGCGAGCUCUGGCUGGCAAGGAGAAGGCCCUCGGUCCAGAUCAUACAUCCACUCUUGGUACUAUGAACGACCUUGGCAUUCUCUAUAGAGACCAGGGAAAGCUAAAGGAGGCCGAGGAGAUGUACCAGCGAGCUCUGGCUGGCUAUGUGAAGGUCCUCGGUCCAUAUCAUACAUCCACUCUUGGUACUAUGAAAAACCUUGUUCUUCUCUACUCUGACCAAGGAAAGCUGAAGGAGGCCGAGGAUAUAUCCUAG